AUGCUCGAGUUGAUCGAAGAAAUCCGUACCGGUCAAGAGAAUCAAACGAACGAGUUUCGCAGACGAGCAGACUCACUCGACGACCGCUACGACAAACUCGAACGACUCGUCUUCGAGCACGUUACUCAGACCCAGGCACAAGGGAAACAAGCGGUUACCGACGGAAACAGAUCUCCGAUGAUGGAUCCAACCUCCGCCGAGUCAAACCGCCCACCUGACCCUCCGGAUCUGCGUCGAUUUCACCAAAACCACCACUUCCCCAACCCCUCCGCUCAAAACCAACCAAACCCGAACCCACCAAACCACUACCCACCAAACCCAAGCCCACUAAACCAAUACCCACCAAACCAAAGCCCACACCACCCCUACCCAACAACCCAUUACCCACCUCGCGACCGAGUAUGA